AUGUUCAAAUCCAACCGAUCUGGCAACGACGACUUCGAGUCCGUGUCAAACAACGACUCUGGUUUUGGCAACGAUUCUUCCAACGACGACUAUCAGCCCGUGUCAAACAAUGAUUCUGGUUUUGGCAACAAUUCCUCCAACCAGGGAGGAUUCAACCAAGGAGGCUCUAACAAGAGCACUUCCAACCAGGGAGGCUUCCAGUCGUCGAACAACGAUAAUGAUGAUGGCUUUAAUCAGGGAGGCUUCAACCAGGGAGGAUCCAAUCAAGGUGGUUCCAACCAGGGAGGAUUUAGCCAGGGAGGCUUCCAGUCGUCGAACAACAAUGAUGAUGAUGGAUUCAACCAGGGAGGCUUCAACCAGGGAGGCUUCAACCAGGGAGGAUCCAACCAGGGAGGAUCCAAUAAGGGUGGUUCUGGCCAAGGAGGAUUUAGCCAGGGAGGCUUCCAGUCAUCGAACAACAAUGAUGAUGACGGCUUCAGUCAGGGAGGCUUCAACCAGGGAGGAUCCAACAAGGGUGGCUCUGGCCAAGGAGGAUUCAGUCAAGGAGGCUUCCAGUCAUCGAACAACGAUGAUGAUGAUGGAUUCAACCAGGGAGGCUCCGGCAAUGGCGGUUCCAACCAGGGUUACAACCAGGGCGGCUACAACUAA